AUGGACCAUUCUGACCACUCACCCGAAAGUCGAGAUUAUCCUGAUGAGUCACCGGAGGAGGCGCUUAUGGCGUCUUUUCGAGUUGCAGCCGAGUCUGUUGCUCAACUUUUCAAAACCUCUUUGAACCAAACGAAGCGUUAUGAUAACGGUUAUGAACAAUGUCUACUAGAUUUGAUGGAAUAUGUUUCAACGCAUCCCAACGUUCAACAAAAACGUCAGACAAGUGGCGGUGACGGUCGAGAUGCAUUCAUAUGUGUUGAUGAUUUGUUAAAGUUUAUUCAUUCUAAAACUGAACAUCUAAAGUCUAUGAGUCGACGAGCCCGCGACGAUGCCAUGAAUGUUCGCCACCAGUCCCAUCAACAAACACAACAUUUUGUACAAGCGCCACAACAGAUAUCCCCUUUUCAAGCCGCUGAUACACAUACACACUCUAAUCCCGGUGACUCUCCGGUGUCGGAUAAUAUCUUUGGAACCGAUCAUGACCAGUUUAACUUUUCUCUUCAAUCAAAUCUUAUGUACCACCCUAUUCAACACGAGAUUGACUGCAUUGAUACAGGACAAGAAGGUGGUAUUGGGAUUUUGUCUAAUGAUUCUUUAAAGAGACGAUUCGGUGGUCCAACAGAAGUGAACUGUUUUGGUCGUUCAAUGCCUCAGGAAUAUUCGUUCUUCGAGCCACUAACUAAAAAAGGAAGGCUCCGCAAGGAUGAGUGA